GCACGAUCAUCUGCAAGAUUGAAAUCCCAAACCUCAGCUGCAACUCCACGACACCAUUGCGAGUUUCAAUACAUUUUUAGUAUUUUAUAAUCCCAACCCAACUAGCUUAAAUUAGAAUCACUCUCCAAUGUGAGAUCCAAGUAAAUUUGUUGGGAGUACUACAAAAUAGUUGGGAAAAAUGGGGACUAUUUCACGGAAUGAGUUCCAAUUAAGCUACGCCGAAGAGGCGGCGGCGCAUCAUAGCAGCGGCGGCGAAGGUUCUGUGCCGGGCGAUUACUUCGGCAACGUCUUCGACUACAUAAAGCGGAUGCUGAUGGAGGAAGACGACUUGGACCACCGCCCCUGCAUGUUCCAGGACUGCUCCGCUCUCCAAGCCGCCGAGAAAUACUUCCACGACGCCCUCAGCGACCGUGCCUCCGCGCCGCCGCUCGAUUUCACCGGAUCCGCUAAUUUCCCUCCCUCCUCCGAUCCUUCCACCAUCUCCUGCGAUCUCGAUUGGCUCACCGACAGCCGCGCCGUCGUCGUCGAUUCCAAUCCGCCUCAUCACGAUUCUGCAAACUUGCACCAAUUUCUACAAAAUUCUCCCGAUCACGCCGCCGCGGGAGUCAGGAGAACCCGCGGCGACGACAAUGAAGAUCAGGAGCGGUGCAGCAAGCAAUCAGCAGCAGGAUAUGCUGAGGAAUCGGUGCAAUUGGAUAAGUACGACAAAAGCUUGCUCUGCCCAAAGCUGAAUCCCCAUUUCUACGACGACUCUCCCCCUUGCCUCGACGACGAGACCUCCGACGACAGCGACGAAGAGAGCAAAAAGCAGUACAGAAAAUCCAAAGAGGUGAAACGCGGCAGACCAAAAGGCAGCAAGAAAAACCGCAAAGUAAGCCAAGUGGUGGACCUCCGCACCCUCCUCACCCGCUGCGCCGAAGCCGUCUCCACCUACAACACGGCCGCCGCGCAGAAUCUCCUGAACCAAAUCCGACAACACUCCUCCCCCUACGGCGAUCCCAACGAGAGACUCGCGCACUGCUUCGCCAACGCGUUAGAAGCCCGAAUGACCGGCAACGGCGCCGCGCUAUACACCUCCUCCGCCGCGAAAUCCAUCCCGGCCGCGCAGCUCCUCAAGUCGUACCAAUCCUACGUCACAGCCUGCCCUUUUAAGAGAAUGUCCAACAUAUUCGCUAACAAAUCAAUAGCAAAAAUCUCUCGAGAGGCAAACAAGCUCCACAUCAUAGAUUUCGGGAUCUUAUACGGCUUCCAAUGGCCCUGCAUCAUCCACGGCCUAUCUCUAAAGCCGGGAGGGCCCCCGUUGCUGAAGAUCACCGGGAUCGACUACCCUCAGCCAGGGUUCAAGCCCGGGGAGAGAGUGGAGCAGACAGGGCGGCGCCUGGUGCAAUGCUGCAAGAGAUUCAACGUCCCCUUCGAGUACAAGGCCAUCGCCAAGCGAUGGGACGAGGUGGAGUUGGAGGAGUUGGAUAUCCAUAGCGACGAAAUGGUGGUGGUCAACUGCUUAUACAGGCUGAGGCACACCUCGGACGAGGAGUCGUCCGCGGGGGUGGGGAGCCAGCGGGAUGCGGUGCUGAGCCUGAUAAAGAGGAUAAAUCCGGUGCUUUUCGUGCAUGGGGUGGCGAACGGGAGCUACAGCGCGUCGUUCUUCACGACGAGGUUUAAGGAGGCGCUGUUCCACUACUCGUCGGUGUUUGACAUGAUGGAGGCGACGCUGCCGAGGGAGGAUCCGGAUAGGCUGAUGUAUGAGAGGGAGGUGUAUGGAAGGGAUGUGAUGAAUGUGAUAGCGUGCGAGGGGGCGGAGAGGGUGGAGAGGCCGGAUACUUACAAGCAGUGGCAGAUGAGGAAUCAGAGGGCCGGGUUCGGGGUGGUGGCGUUGAAUAGGGAGAUUGUGGAGGAGGUGAGGGCGAAGGUGAGGUGGGGUUACCAUACUGAUUUUCUGUUGGAGGAGGAUGGAGGGUGGCUGCUGCAAGGAUGGAAGGGGAGAGUUAUGUAUGCGCUUUCUUGUUGGAAGCCUUUGCCUCCUUUCCCCAAACCCAAAUCAAUGUGAAAAAUCUCUCUGCAUUUCAAUUCUUCUUCCCUACAAAUAUAAGCUGCAAAUUAGACAGGUGGAUCCGAAUUCUGUCGGACCCAAUUUUGUGAUGGUAUUAUUAGUAUUGCAUACAUCUUGGAUGGUUUCGGAUAAAAAAACAUCUGGGUUAAUAUAUGUCUCCUUUUUUUAGGCCAAAAUAUUCGGCCUCUAAAAAUAAAGAAAACUAUACUCCAUUUUCA